GUAAAUAAGAGCAGAGGCGGACAGUCCGGGGAGGGUACAGAGCCUAGUAGCUCGCUGAAAAAUAACUUUAGAAGACUUUAGGGUGCGCAUGUUUGAAAUGGAGAUGAACGAAUUUGAUUUUUAAUCUUUUAUUUUUUAUUUUUAACUUCGGAACAUAAUGUGGAGCCACUUGGUCCUUGCUCUUGUAAUCUGUCUCAUGGAAAAGGAGUCUGCCUCAGGCUGCUUAAUUAAUGGACGGUGGGCAUUCUGUGUUGGCGAAUCGUUGUACCACAUUCCAUUAUUGCCUGCCAGUAUUACUGCAGUCGAUCUGAGUGUGAAUUAUAUAAGUGAACUCAAUGAAACAUCCCUGCUUGGAUUGGAAGGGCUUGAAGAACUGUAUAUUGGGUCACAGAAGACGAACAUACUUAAAGUCAGGGCAGGUACUUUUAGAAGAUUGUCCAGUUUGAAAAUUCUCGAUUUAGGAGACAACAAGCUGCUUGUUCUUGAACCUCAUGCUUUUAUGGGAUUAGUGCGACUCCAGUACUUGUCUUUAAUGCACAAUGGCCUAAAUGAGUCCAUUUUAGAAGAUCAGUACCUUCAGCCAUUGCUAUCCUUAGAAUCUCUCAACCUCUAUGGGAACCAAAUACAUAAAAUCCAACCUGGUCUGUUUUUUCAAGAUAUGAGGAAACUGAAAAUAGUAGAUCUAUCUUUGAACAGGGUUGGCAGCAUCUGUGAACAGGAUUUACGUGGAUUUCAAGACAAACACUUUCAGUUGCUUAAACUGUCCAGCCUGCAGCUGAAUGACAUGAGUCUGCCCAAUUUUGAUUGGAGGAGCUGUGGGAGCCCAUUGCGAAGCCUGUCUUUCACUGAGCUGGACUUCUCAUCAAAUGGAAUGACUGUUGAAAAUGCACGUUUAUUUUUUACCGCUGUUGCAGGCACUAAAAUCGAUAAUCUCAUUUUCUCCUCAAAUAUCAUGGGCAGGUCUUUCGGACAUCAGAAUUUGAAUGAUCCAGACAAUGAAACAUUUUCUGGACUUAAUGACAGCUCUGUUAAGAGCUUGGAUUUAUCUAGAAAUUCAAUUUUUUCCCUCGAAUUUUCAGUAUUUCAUGCUUUUGGAGAGGCUGAGAGGAUCACGUUGGCCAAUAAUAAAAUUAACCAGAUUGAAAGAAAUGCUUUUCUCGGACUUGAAAAUUUACGACACCUCAACCUCUCUUACAACCUUAUGGGUGAGAUCUACGACUAUGCAUUUGACAAUCUGCCUGGUCUUAUUCAAUUGGAUUUGUCAUACAACCAUAUUGGUGCGUUUGCAUACAGAUCAUUUAAAGGGCUGGUCAACUUGCGUAUCUUAAAUCUCACAGGAAACAUGGUUAAUACUCUCCACAUACUUGCACCAAUCUCCAGCCUGCAGUUAAUUAGUUUAGCUGAUAAUAAAUUAACAUCCUUAUAUGGUCUUUCUGAUUUCUCCAAAAAUUCCUUACUAAUUGACUUGGAACAAAACCGAUUAAGGAGACUGAGUGAUUUGUAUUCCAUCCUUAACACAAUUCCUUAUGUUCAGAUUAUCCUGUUGGGUUCUAACAUGCUGUCAUCAUGUGAACCGGAGCAGCCAAUGCCAGCAGAAAAUAAUUUGCUGUACCUUGACCUUCAGAAUAAUGCGUUACAGACUGUUUGGGAAUAUGGCGCCUGCAUAGAUGUCUUUCACACUUUUGAUAAGCUUUUAUAUCUCUACUUAAACCACAAUUUACUCCGAUCUCUCCCAAGCAGAGUUUUUGAAGGUCUGACCUCCUUGCGGGAGAUGAACCUGUCUUUCAACUUCUUAACAUACCUCCCGCAGAACGCCUUUCCAAAAAGCCUAAAGUCUCUCGAUCUCUCCCACAACAUCCUGAGCUCUCCUGACCCACGCAGCUUCCAGUCCAUCAUUUUUCUUGACCUCGGUAUGAAUCGGUUUAUCUGUGACUGCAAUUUGAUGGACUUCUUAUUGUGGGUAAAUCACACAAACGUGACAUUUCUGAGUCCUAAGGAAGAAUUGAUAUGUGAAUAUCCCAAAGAAUUAUUGGGAUAUAGUAUCAUUGACUUAACCGCAGAUUCAUGUGAAUAUGAUGAGGAAGAGUGGAUGUCAGAAAUAAGGUUUUGCUUAUUUGUGGGUUUCUCUACAGUUCUGAUAUGCUUCAUCAUGUCAGCUAUCAUAUACACUCAUUAUCGUGGCGAGCUCUUCGCUGUCUACAAGAAGGUGACAGCCAGGGUUCUGGAGGGCCAUCAGAAGACCCCCGCGGAGGAUGGGUCCAAGUACGAUGCUUAUCUAUGCUUCAGCAACAAUGACUUCAAGUGGGUGGAGACUGCGCUACUGAAGAAGCUCGAUUCUCAGUUUUCAGAUCGCAACCCCUUUCGCUGUUGUUUUGAAGCCCGAGAUUUUAUUCCAGGAGAAGAUUACAUAUCGAGCAUACGAGACGCUAUCUGGUACAGCAAGAAGACAGUUUGCGUUGUGUCCAAGGAAUUCCUGAAGGACGGCUGGUGCAUAGAGGCUUUUAAACUGGCUGAGAGCCGGACGCUACAGGAGCUGAGGGACGUUCUCAUAAUGAUCAUUGUUGGAAGCAUCCCACCAUUCAAGUUAAUGAAACACGAGACCAUUAGGACAUAUAUCCAAAAAAAGGUAUAUUUAGAAUGGCCUGAAGAUAUGCAAGACAUCGAAUGGUUUUACGAUAAGCUAAUAGCAAGGAUUUUAAAAGAGGAAAAGGUCGAGAAGAACAAUACUGUUGAAUUUCAAAAUAUCAGCUUUAUUGUUAACUAGAAGACUAGUUAACUUCGUGUAUUCUAGCCUUGAUUAGUAAAAAUCGACUGGAUUUUUAAAAAUCCGACUUUACUUCAGAAAAAAGUACUCGAAUGUCUAAACGCUCCAGGGUGUCUAAAGUGACUAAGUACACUCGGUAAAUGACAACUAGCUGCAGACGAAAGUAAAGGCGAAGCCCCGACUUUGAAGACUGUGUCUCCCUCCCCCUUUUUAUUUUGUAGAUUGAAAUUUGAUGUCAGACCUUUAUUUUGCUUUUACACACCUACAUGCUUUUUUUAAAAUAUAAAAUCCAUUUUUGUUUCCUGAAUGACAGCUGCCCAAUGAGAUUUCCAUCACUGAAAUUUUUCUGCACAGCGCCUUGCUAAAAUGAAAGUUUUUUGCUCUCAGUCUCAUAUUCAGUUUUAGAUUAAACUAGUUACACAUCAGCAGCGUUUUUGUACAAACUGUUAUAUGUAACAUGCCUACAAGCCUAUAUGUUUUGAAGACUUGUACACCGAUCAGCCAUAACAUUAAAACCACUGGGUGCCAUUAUAUAUUACUCAAGUGAACAUUCAGUUCUUGAAGAUCAUGUGUUGAAAGCAGGGAAACGGGCAAGCAAAAGGAUCUGAGCUUUUACAAGGACCAAAUUGUGAUGGCUAGAUGACUGGGUUACAGCAUCUCCAUGUUGAUUUUACUUUGACACGCACCAUCUACCUAAACAUUGUGGCAGACCAAGUACACCCCUUCAUGACAACAACACUUCCUGAUGGCAGUGGCCUCUUUCAGCAGGAUAAUGCUCCCUGCCACACUGCAAAAAUUGUUCAGGAAUGGUUUGAGGAUCAUGGAAAAGACUUCAAGGUGUUAACUUGGCCUCCAGAUUCCCCGAGAUCUCAGUCCAAUCAGCAUCUGUGGGACAUGCUGGACAAACAAGUCAGAUCCAUGGAGGUCUCACCUCACAACUUACAGGACAUAAAGGAUCUGCUGCUAAUGUCUUGGUGCCAGAUACCACAGGACACCUUCAGAGGUCUUAUGGAGUCCGUGCCUGGAUGGAUCAGAGCUGUUUUGGCGUCACAAGGGGAACCAACACAAUAUUAGGCAGGUAGUUUUAGUAUUAGGACUGAUCGAUGUAUAUUAUAUAAUGUGUAGUACAGCAGAUUUUCCUGAAAGCCGGUGGUUGGACUGUGAAGGAACCAGCAGUUUUGGGACAUUGUUGCAUCACACACACAUGUUAAAUGAUAUCUACAAGCCAUGUUGUUACUUCUGAUGGGUGCAUCUAUUAUUCUGCCAAAAAAUAUAAUUUUAAAAUACCCAU